UUAGCAGCUUGGCGACACACCCGGCACUCACCAUUCUAAUUAUAUAUGAUUUUUUUUUAAAUUAAUGUUUUUUCUUUUUUAUUAAUUUGCUUCAGUGGAUAGUCAAUUUUGUACAAAAGAUUAAAAAAUCCUUUGAUAUGUUCUGAUAUUUUUUUAAAAUUCCUUUAAAUCUAUUACGUAAAUUUGUCGUUUACCGUUCGAAAACAAACUCGAAAUGAACUCCACAUUUACUGUUAGAGUCCGACUCGGCUGAACAGCGAACUUAAAUUGCGCGCCUACUUAGUAAAAACAAGAUAACAACAGCAAAUAACUGUGCCUUCCACUUCAUCUCACAACAGCUUUGUGAGAGAGCGUAAGAGAGAUGCGAACACUUCCAAUUGGAGUUGGGAAUUUGCACUGGAAGUGAAGUGAAGCAAUGAAUGAAAUCUUCCAUUGUGGGCGACCGGCAGCAGGCGCAAAAGCACGCAUGCGACGGCCGCACCAAAAGCAUGCGUGACGUCAGCUCUAAAAGCUCUCCAGCUGUGGGGUGAACAUGUGGGUGCGCUUUUAACCUAUACGAAAGAGAAAAGAAUAGAAAAGAAAAGCACAGGAUACUGCGGCCCUUUGCUUUGCUCGUCAACGUUUUGGACUCGAAAAGGGGCUUUUCCCAAUAAUUAUGGCACGAAGCGUGUAUUCAAAAUUUUAAAUGUUUACCGAUUUAAGAGACAAAAAACAAAUACAAAAAACAACACAAAUUUCAAGUAAAAUUGCGAACCAUAGCGAGAUUUUUUCCCCCCCGUUAACAUUUAGAUAAGCAUGGUGCGACGCCGUGGCAUAGUCGGUGGCUUGGCCAAACAGCUCUCCUACAGCGCCUAUCAGCACAUGAUGGCGCCGCCGCCGCCGGGUCAGCACCUCAACAUUGGCUGGCUGGGCAGCCCAUCCGUGCACUGGCCCCCACAGGCGCCUAGGCCGCCUUCGCUGAUGUCCGUCAUGUGCAACAAAAUGGUGGGCUCACUGCCGCGCAUGCCUAGCCUGCCGCAGCCGGAGCUGAGCAGCCGCAGGCUGAGUCGCCUGCGACGCAAUCUAAUGCAGUCACCGCAUCCCCAAGUGCUGCCCGCUUAUCCACCGGCGCCUUUGGUGCAGACUGCCAAUAUUCUGCCCAUGUGGUGUCGCUCCGACGAGCAGAUGUGGUGCGAUCCCGUCAAGCAGCGCCACAGGCUGCCCACGAGCGAUAUUUCCAUACAGCUCAAGCAGCAGCUGCAGCAGCUAAAGCGACAGCAGCAACUGCAGCAGCAACGGCAGCGGCAGCAGCAGCAGCAGCAGCAGCAACAGCAGCAGAGGCAGCUGAGAAGCGGAUUCAUGCCCUUCAACUUUGGCAAAUGUGCGAGCAGUCUGAUCAAGUUCCUGGACAGAAGUGGCUCCACUUCGGAAUCCUCUCUAUAUGCGGCCACACAUCCCAAUCCUGUGCCGGAAGUCCAGCCUGUGCCCACGAUUAGCAUCGUGAAGCGACCCUAUUCAGUGGAGCGACACAUUCAUGCAGCCGACUUUGACUAUGUGAAGCUGGCCAAGCAAAUGGUCACAUCUAAGGACAAACAGUUCACCGGAUGUGGCGUCGGUCGCACCCAGGUGCUGCCCACUCAUGGCGAGCCCCAUAGGCUGGCCAAUCGUGGAUCUAGCAAAGCGCCGGUGAGCUUCACAGCUGAUUAUAGCGCCAGCAGCACAACGUUAACUAACCAUUCCGCGGCACAAGCAGGUCGCCAGGAAGAGCUCAAGGCCAAAAGUCAAAGUCUCCAAGGUGAAACCCCAGCGGAGAUGCAGCUGAAUUAUCUGGCCGCCGACAUAGACGCCAAUUUGCAGCAUAUACGCAAACUUUUGGGAACAAAGCUGCCACACAAACGGUGCGGCAGUUCCAGAACAGCGAAAGGUCUGGCAACGCUGCAACGACCAGAAAUGUGCGCCAAGCUAAAAUUUCCACCAUUGGCAGGACACGCCGCACGGCUUGCCAGUCUGGCAGCACCGCAACAGUCGGAGACAAGGCUGCCACAGCGAGUCCACCAGCAGCAUGGCAGCUCGAUAAUGUCUGCAAGUCUGGCAGCCCUGCAGCAGUCAGAGUUACCACAACAAUUGGAAGCGGGCUUUGAUGCAGUGCAGCAAGGAAACCCCACAAGGGUCGCCAGCCUGUCAGAAAUGAAGCAGUCAGAGCUGAGCGACAACGUGGAGUUGCCACAGCAAAUGGAUGUGAGUGGCAAUGUAACUCCUACAACGUUGCCCAAUCUGACAACGGACAACGCGGGCGCCAAGCAGGAAUUCAAGUUCACAACCGCGCAACUGGAGCUGGUGCAAAAGAUUUUGCAGGAGAAAGACCAAUUGCAGCGGGCAACGGAGCCGGAACCGGAACCGGAAGCGACAAUGAAAGCCAAGACACCAAAAAGUGAGGCCCAUAAACGGCAAAUAAAUCUGAAUGAACUGUUCAAGGACAAAAAUGUGCAGUGCGUCGAGUCGGAUAAUUCCUUGUGGAACUCGCUGAUGCAGUUGGUGGCGCACAUGUGCGACGACGGAAAGCGAAACGAGGAACCGGAACGCCUGAUGGCUGGCGCCAGUUUGAAACCUUCGAAAAAGGAAUAUUCCAUCUAUCUGAUGGUUACCUCUGACGAAGAGGACGAUGUGGGCGACUCGAACCGGGUGGGCAACCAACGCAAUACGCCCAUCGCGAGCAGAAAGCCAAGGCAGACUAGGCUCAGAAGAAGGUCCACCAUAAAGCCGCUGGAUAUACCCGCUCCUCACGCCACACUGCGUCAACAGAAGCAGCAGGAUCAACUACGCCCUUUGCGUAAAAAAAGACGCCUCUCAUUAGGACAUCAGAACACUGAGGUCUUCUCCUGCUUAUCGCUGCCGGCGCGACGUCCGCUGCACUGGCCCAAUCCACGGCACAUCAAGUGCCUGGCUCAGGGCAAGAAAAAGAGAAAGAGGCUGCCCCGACGCCCAUGCCUCCGGCGACAGGCCAGCAACACAUUGGACAGCAGCUAUCAGAGCCAAUUAAUCAAUCUAAAAAAAAACAACAAUCGCAUGUCUAAUCCGUUCCUGCCUCAGCCACGUGUUCCAGUCAACUACACAGGGUUUUGGUGACCCGAAGCCCCAAUUCUAGAUGCAUUGAUCGUUUAUAUUUGCAAAGCCUAGUUAAGGAGAUAGCUUUAUGCUUUAACUAUGCUCUGCACAUAUUUGCGAUCCAUGCAUUAAAGAUAUAUACAAAGCGUAUAAAUAUUUAUUGUUAGUUGCUGAAAAGAAAAAACUGUUGCAAAUAAAGUU